AACUUCGAUUCUCUGAUCAAAAUCAUCAUUCAGAGCACUCACUUUGAACUUUACACACGUUUAGCUUGAUUUGCUUAGCGAAAAAAUAAAAUCAAAAUAUUUAGAAUUAUAUUGAGCAUUAUGGAAGCAUCCAAGGAUAAAUACAAAUUGAAGUUCUCCGGCUGUUGCAAACUCACCGACGAUCAGUUGUCCGAGGUCUAUAACUUGGAUCUGCUUAGCGAUGAGGAAUUGGCCUCAGUGAACUUGGAGCGGAAAUCGUUAGUCGAUGACUAUCGUCAUUUGCACGAAUUGUCCAUGGCACAUGAACAGGAACAGGAACGAAUCAAGCAGUUGGAGUUGGAACAGCAACUCCGUGAUGAAGAACUCAAGCUUCAGCCUCCAUCUGUAUUGCAUGGCAUAACAUUACCUGGAAUGCCCCAACAAACGACUAUUACCCCGGAGUCAACGCGUAUUUUGGAACUUUUGGGUUUUAAUCUAGCAGCAAUACCAGUUGCUGAAAAUAUGCCCAAGAGACGUAUACUCUACACUUUUGAGGAAUUUGCAAACGCUGAAUCGGAUGAAUUUGAUUCUGACUUCGACUAUUUCGAAGACCAUAUAGCUUACGAUGCUGAACGUAUGGCAAACGAUAUUCAAACCUAUUUCUGAUCCAUCAGCAUGGUAAUUUUCUAUACACAUUAUGAAAUGUUUUACAUUUUAUAUUCCAUUAAAUAUAUGUGUAGAAAAAGCAAAUGGCACAGAAAACUGAA